UCACCAGACUCUCAAGAUGGUGUCCAACACGAGUACUGCUGUGAUACUCUUAAAAUGUUUAUUAUUAAUUGCGUGCCCAAUAUUCAUUACUGCAGCAGAUCUUUGUGCUGAGAAUUCGGAAGAUAAAAAAUGCAUAAGUUCUUAUCGGUUGCCACCCGACGUCCUACCAGUACACUAUGAUAUUUCGUUAAGCUUAGUGAUAGAUUAUUGGCAAACACCGUAUAGAUAUAGUGGUAAAACGAAUAUUAUUAUCAAGAUUAUUUAUGCCACGCAAAACAUAAGUUUGCACUCAUACAAGCUGCAUAUAGACGAAUCCUUUACAAACUUACUUGAUGAGAACGGUACGAGGUAUACACCGACAGAACAUAAAUAUCGAGAGUCGCAGGUUUUAGUUCUUUACUUCCAUAACACGUUGGUGCCCGGGUUUUACACUUUAUGUUUUGCGCAUGACGGUUACUUCUCUGAGGAAGGUGAAGAAGGUCUUCUCAAACUUCCCGAGAAAAAAUCAGCGUCCAAUACGAAAUGGAUGCUGAUAUCGCAAUUCGGUAAGAUUGCUGCUCGACGAGUGUUUCCGUGUUGGGAUGAGCCUGCGUUAAAAGCCACUUUCAAGAUUUCCGUGACACAUCAUUCACAAUACACAGCCUUCUCGACUAUGCCAAGACGAGAGGAAGAGCAUUUCAACACUUCAGUAAUGCAGUCCCACUUCGAGAUAACUCCCUUAAUGUCCACUCACCAGCUCGGGAUUGUAGUGAUUACAGUGAUUCAUUGUCAAUUUAUGCAUAAUGUUUUCCAAAUAUGGCGCAGAGAGAAUAUGCCCGUGUCAAGGAUUUUCGUAGAGCAUAUCUCCUGGUUACAUCUUACAAUCGCCGAUUACUUGACCCAAUACACAAAUACUUCCAUGAAACUUCCUAAACUUGAUAUCAUCUUUGUACCAGAUCACGUACCGAAUAAUUCGAUUUGGGGAAUACUAUUUUUAAAAGAGUCAUGGUUUCGUGCUGAUAAAACUCCGAAAGUCACUCAGGCAGGCUUUAUAGCACAUGAAAUGGCAAAGCAAUGGUUUGGUCAUGUUGUUGGUCCGACUUGGUGGUCUGACAUGUGGUUAAUCAAUGGACUUGCUCUAUACUUGAAAGCGUACAUCCUUGACCAGAUGCAUAGAGAGUGGCGAAUGAUGAAUUUUAUAGUACCCAGCCUACAGGAAUGUUUUCGUUUAGAUGAUAUUCUAUCAAAAAAGAAUAUAUUAUUUUAUACUGAAAGUACUUAUGAAACAGAUUUUGUUGAAUCUUUUAUUGUUGCAGACAAAACACUUGUCCUAUUGCAUAUGUUGAAAUCUUUGGUUACUGCCAGUGUAUUUCAGAAUGGGGUCAAAAUCUAUUUAAACAAACAUCAAUUUGGUUUGGCUACUCCUGAUGAUUUCUGGGACGCCAUGCAAAGUGCCCUAGACAAUGCAGAAUACAAACACAAUUUUGAGGUAAAAGAAGUAAUGCGUAACUGGUUAAAUGUAACGACGUAUUCUUUGGUAAAAGUGAAACGAAAUUGCAAAAAUGACCAAGUGGUAAUAUCGCGACAUGACACCAAGAAAGCCGACAAUAGGAUAUGGACACCUGUGACUUUCGCUACGCAUUUGUAUCCGAAUUUUGAUGACUAUUUUGCUAUGCCUACUCAUUGGCUAAGAAAGGACUAUAUACAUUGGCAAAGAAAUGACACAGCUGUAGUAGUUCCAGUUGCUCCAAGUGAUUGGAUUAUAGUUAAUUUACAAUAUGGCGGAUAUUAUCGUGUUAAUUAUGAUACUGCAAAUUGGGAAAAAAUUGCGUAUGCCUUAAAUUCUGAUGAAUUUAAUUUAAUACACAUCAGUAAUCGUGCACAAAUCAUUGACGACGCCUAUUACUUCCUAGUGGAAAAACAACUUGAUUACUAUACCUUUUUACAUAUCACGACUUAUCUAUCGAGAGAAGUGGAUUAUAUAGCAUGGUUACCCAUGUUUCGAAUUUUGUCAUACCUGUGGAAAUUCUUUUUACUUCCAUUUGAAAAAUCUACAGUUUUAUAUGAUUUAAAGUUACAUAUAGUAAGUAUUUUGCACGGGCUUCUUAAAAACAUAGGAUACGAAGACGAUCCUGACAAUGAUGGUGUUACAAUAUUAUUGAGAGCAACGGCCUUAAAAUGGGCGUGUACUUUUGGUGAUCGUAUUUGCACAAGAAUGGCAUCUCGUAAAUUCAACGCUAGUAUUGAACGUAUUGAAUGUCUCAAUAAGCAAAAAAACUCGCAACCUGCGUUUAUAUUGCCGUGGGAAAAAUGGAUAUAUUGUAAUGGUUUAAAGGAAGCGAAUCGUGAUACUUGGAAUACAAUCAUGGACUUAUAUACAAAAAUAUUUCAGACUGAAAUUUUAGAAGUGUUGACUUGCACUGAAAAUUCGCAAAUCGUUAAGGACUAUUUCGGCAUACUAUUUGGAUCAGUGCAUACAGUGGGAAAUUUAUUUAUCUCAGACAAUCAGCAUUCUCACAUUUUUGGUAUACUUAUUAGAAAGUAUGCACAAAAGAAUGAAGUACUUGACCAUAUACUACCGAAUUUGGAAAAUGUGAAGCCUAGAUCGUAUUCUAGAAUUGCGGUAUUAAAAGAGAUUAUUUCAAACCUAUAUUCCGAGGAACAACUUAACAAGACGCAGAAUUUUUUCAAGCAGGACGCUGAAAUGUCAGAAACUUUGACUACUAUGAUACCUAUGCGUUUAAUCCAACUCCAGGAUAUGAAGAUCAGUUUUCUAGAACGGUUUUCGUAGUGAAAAGGAGUGAAUUUAACUUGAAUAAUUAAUCAAGUUAAUGGACUGAAUAGUUUUUAAUAAGAUUUUUAUAUUAUUACUUACUCGUU